AUCAGAAAAAUAAAUAAACGGUACGUGGUAGCUCGCAGAACAAACCGAACGGAAGCCAUAGAAGAAGUCUAAUUAUGAAUUUAGCCGGUGGUGGUGAACAAAUUAUUCAAAAUUAGUUAUGAAAAUAAUUAUUUUGCUAACAUUACUCAUCCAGGGUUUGCUAGCCCUCGAUUCAGAAGGCCAGUGCUCAGCAAACAGAGCAGAAUGCACUUCUAAGUCAUCGCCAUAUCAGAAAGACGCAAAUUCCAUUCUAAGCCAGAUUAAAGCUGCGAACAAGACCUAUACGCCAUGUCCAAAGGAGAAAGACGAUGGGUGUUCCUGCCACACGAGUGUAAUUGAACGGGAUCUAGCUCCCUUUAAUCCAACGGGAAUAACCAAGGAAGCUAUCGAAUCUGUGCUCUCGUAUGGAACCAAGUACCAAAUUGUUGAUCAUACACUUUACCGCCAGAAAGCAUGUAUGUUCCCAUCGAGGUGCUCGGGAAUUGAGCAUUUUAUAAAACCACUCCUCAAAGAGCUGCCCAACAUGGAGAUGGUGGUUAAUUGUCGAGAUUGGCCUCAAAUUAUGCGAGAUCGUGGCCCGAAGGGGCCCGUAUUGUCUUUCUCAAAAACCGCCGACUACCUGGACAUCAUGUACCCAGCCUGGUCUUUCUGGGAAGGUGGCCCGGCGAUUGCUCUUCACCCCACAGGUAUUGGCCGCUGGGACAAAUAUCGUAAUUCAAUUUCCAUGGCUGGUAAAAAAUGGCCUUGGGAGGACAAAAUCGGAAAGGGAUUCUUCCGUGGCUCGAGAACAUCCGACGAACGAGAUUCAUUAGUUCUUCUUUCGAGGAAAAAUCUAGACCUCGUCGAUGCUCAAUACACCAAAAACCAAGCUUGGAAAUCCCCCAAAGACACUCUUAACGCCGAACCGGCUUCAGAAGUGACCUUCGAAGAUCAUUGCCAGUACAAGUAUUUAUUUAACUUCCGUGGUGUGGCAGCCAGUUUCAGAUUCAAGCAUCUGUUUCUUUGCAAAUCAUUGGUGUUUCAUGUGGGAAGUGAAUGGAAUGAGUUCUUUUAUUUUGCAAUGAAACCUUGGGUACAUUAUGUUCCCAUUAAGUCCUAUCCCACCGAACAGGAACUCGAAAGUAUUUUGUUGUUCUUUAAGGAGCACGAUGACAUAGCCAAAGAAAUUGCACAGAAUGGAUACAAAUUUAUUUGGAAACAUCUCAAGCUUUCGGAUGUUCAGUGCUAUUGGCGAAAAUUGUUGACUGAUUAUGGAAAAUUGAUGCGUUAUGAUGUGGAAGUGGACAAGAAUCUCAAGAAAAUUGCUUAAAUUUAGAACAAAUCAGACAUUCCUUUGAAAUGAUAGUAGCCUUUUAGUAUACAACUUAAUUUAAGACUUUUUACAUGUUGAAAUAUAUUUAAAACUUGAUACAUUCCAAAAGAAAAAUUAAA